UUUAAACUUCUCGAGCGUUUAUUUUUGCAUCGUCUUCAUCCUUCGUCAACCAUGGAAUCGGAUCGAUCCACACCAGUACACGAUGCUAGACAUUCACCCGCAUUGCAGGAACGAGAGAGGAGCGUUAAGGUGGAAUCGCAACGCGGCCCUGUCAAAAGCAUUGGUGAGAUCUUAAACGCAGAUCGUGAAGGAUCUACUGCUUCCUCCGCAACUGGGAUCUCGAACCCCUUAGCAGGAUUAUCAAAGGCUGAACUAGUAGAAAUGCCUAUUAGGUCGUACCUGGAUCAAACAGUACUACCUGUGCUACUGGAAGGAAUGAAACAACUCGCAAAAGAACGGCCACAAAAUCCAUUAGAGUAUCUUGGACAUUAUCUCUUGAAUCACAGCGAUACUGUUGGUCGCUCUCCAGGGCCGUAAUAAUCCCUCCAUUUCUUUGGCCCUAGUCCAUCUCAUGUAAAUAAUACUGAUUGGCAAUUAACAUCAUCUUCUUUGACCAGCUAAUUGUC